CCGCAGCCGCACAAGUCGCCUCCCCGAGAGCUUCUCCCCGCGAUGGACUCCGCGGCUCAAACUUUCCUGUGAGGCGCUCCCCGGCUUGGGAAGCGGCUCUGCCCUCCAGGAGAUGGGGAUCCCCUCGCAGGAUCGCCACCCUGGCUCCCCGGGGCGCCGAGGUCGAUGCUGAGCGCCGGGUUUGGAGGCGGCGUUGAGUUCCCAGGGCCGCCGCCAUGAGGCAGUGCUUCUACAACGAGACCGUGGGCUUCUUCUACAACAACUCCCGCAAGGAGCUGACCACGUACUGGCGCACCAAGGACGUGCUGGUGGUGGCCCUGGGCCUGACCGUGAGCGUCAUCGUGCUGCUGACCAACCUGCUGGUCAUCACGGCCAUCGUCAUCAACCGCCGCUUCCACUACCCCAUCUACUACCUGCUGGGCAACCUGGCGGCCGCCGACCUGUUCGCGGGCAUCGCCUACAUGUUCCUCAUGUUCCACACGGGCCCCCGCACGGCCGAGCUGUCCCUCAAGACCUGGUUCAUCCGGCAGAGCCUGCUGGACACCAGCCUGACGGCCUCGGUGGUGAACCUGCUGGCCAUCGCCGUGGAGCGGCACCAGACGGUGUUCACCAUGCAGCUGCACAGCAAGAUGUCCAACCAGCGCGUCACCAUCCUCAUCUUCUGCAUCUGGGUCACGGCGCUGCUGCUGGGGCUCAUCCCCUCCUACGGCUGGCACUGCCUCUGCGCCCUGGACAAGUGCUCCAGCAUGGCCCCCCUCUACAGCAGGAGCUACCUGACCUUCUGGGCCAUCUCCAACCUCGUCAUCUUCCUCAUCAUGGUGGUGGUGUACACGCACAUCUUCAUCUACGUCAAGAGGAAGAUGACCAGGAUGUCCAAGCACACCAGCUUCCACCCCCGCUACAAGGAGACCAUGAUCAGCCUGGUCAAGACGGUCACCAUCAUCCUGAGUGCCUUUGUGAUCUGCUGGACCCCCGGGCAGGUCGUGCUGCUCCUGGACGGACUGGGCUGCAAGAGCUGCAACGUGCUGGCGGUGGAGAAGUACGUGCUGCUGCUGGCCGAGAUCAACUCCCUCAUCAACGCCAUCGUCUACUCGUACCGCGACACGGAGAUGAGGAGCACCUUCCGCCGCAUCCUGUGCUUCCCCUGCCCCCGCAACUCCAAGUACACGCCCACCGUGGUCAAGCUGAACACGGCCGACCGCGGCACCCUCUCGCACAACGGCCACUUCACCGUCGACUCCUCCAUCUAGCCCCGAGUCCCGGAGCUGUCCCGCUCCCAG